AGUGACAAAACAAUAAACAGAGACGAGGGAGACAUAAUAAUUCUUUAUAUGUAUAAUUAUUAUAUUAGAAAAGCACAAACGUACUUUAAACUCUGAUUCUUGUUGUUCAGAAGUUCACGAGCUCAAUGUAUUUCUAAAUACCAAAGAAGGUCAAAUAUUAAAACAAUUAUCAACAGGUUUAAACUUAAAAAUAAGUCUCAUCUUCUCCCCCCCUCUUUCCUCCCUUUAGUCCUCCCCCUCUCUUUCCUCCCCCUCCUCCGGGGGAAGCAGGCGGAGUCGGAAACGAGCAGUCGGUCCGUCGUCUCUGCGGCUCCGCAGCUUCUCCGUCUCUGUCUCUGUGUCGGAUCCUCCGGUGAGCGGUUCUUCUUCUUCUUCCAGCCCGCAGGAAAGCGGCGGAUCUUCGGCCUCGUACGGCAGGACAGACCCGGAUCGGCUCGGCUCGCUUCAUCCCGCCGCUGCGGUGGAAAAACCCGGACGGAGGCCCGCAGUGUGCACUCAGCCUCCCGCAGGCCUCCAGCCCGGACUCCCGCGUUUCUCCGGGAAAAUGGACGGAUUCACCGGCAGUUUAGGUGAGUCCCAGCCGCCGCUCGCGCCUCUAACACCGCCCGGUCACUGCUCGUGCAGCGGCGGGACGGUGAGAGCCGCACGAGCCUCUGGCGGCUUUACACGUGUCACUGCUGUAUUUAUCAAAAGGACGCUGCACCGCCCCUCCGGCGGCUACAGGGCCCCAAAACAAACAGCGCUUCCUGAAGAUACAGACCUGCCUCUGAGUCUCUUCCACACAUGCAGCGUAUCCCGGAAAUGUGCCGGAUUUCUGGGAUACGCUGCAUGGAACAUUUCCUGCAACAUUUGCGGCUCGGGUGCGAAACAUAUUCAGGAAAUCUGGACAAACAACCACGACAGUAUGUCCGCAGCGAGUGUCUCAGACGUCAACGAUCGGCUCUCGGCUCUCGAGCUUCGUGUCCAACAGCAGGAAGACGAGUUGACGGUGAUGAAGGCGGCACUCGCUGACGUCCUUCGCCGCCUCGCAGCCUCUGAAGUCUCUGCUGCCUCCUCAAAGAACAACUUUGGGAUCAGGAACACUACCCUACUCCUAUCUCAGGGUCCGUCCUCUUGGGACGACGUCCUCCUCCGAGGUCGUAUCCAUGGCGUGUGUCAGUCAGACAGUUGUCACAGCAACGACGCGGAGUUCUACAUGAAGUGUGCGUCCCACCCGACUUCAGAUGACGACCCCUCUGUGGCCCUCGACCUCAUUAUGACCAACAGCAGAGAUGUCCCCUGUAUUGCCUGCAGCAACAUCAUGCCCGUGGUGUUGGUCUUCCAGUGUUCGGAGCGUCACGUGAUCUGUCUCGACUGUUUUCUUCGUUACUGUGAAACUCGACUGAGCGAGCGUCAGUUUGUUAAUCAUGCGGAAGUCGGCUACUCGCUGCCCUGUGCAGCCGGCUGCGUGACUCUCUCAUUAAAGAGUUGCAUUCAUUUCAGGAUUUUGGGAGAAGAUCAGUAUGGGCGGUACCUACAGUACGCGGCGGAGCAGUGCCUGCUGAUGAUUGGAGGACUGAUGUGUCCGUCAGCAGGCUGCGGGGCGGGGCUCGUCCCCCCCGAGGGCAGCAGGUGGGUGCAGUGUGACAGGCGGCUCGGCUGUGGCUUCAUAUUCUGCAGAAGCUGCAGGGAGGAGUACCACGAGGGGGCAUGUCCCUCACAGCAGGUGCCGCCCACAGCGGCAGCCUUACAGGGCUUCGUGGUGGAGGAGCGGGCAUCUCUCAGAGGAAGGUGGGAUCAAGCCUCCCUGCUGCUCCUGCAGGAGUCGACUAAACGCUGCCCUAAGUGUUCGGUUCCUGUGGAAAAAAACGGCGGCUGCAUGCACAUGCACUGUCCUUUGUGUGGAGCGGACUGGUGUUGGCUCUGUGGAGUCACCUGGAACACCGACUGCAUGGGAAACCACUGGUUCGGAUGAGAUGUUCGGACCGUCAAAACCACCAUGCUCCACUUUCUCCAGACAAAACUUCUUCUCCUGCAGCCUGACGUGAUAGAAGUAAAACACCGAUAUAAUAAACCCAUAAUAAAAAUGUUUAUUUAUGAAAAGGA